UAAAGAUGGCGGAAGCUGCAGCUCAAACCGUGUUGGACAAGAUCAGCCAGGGGCAUCUGGAAUGUCCGAUCUGUUGCUGUCGAUUCAAGGAUCCUAAGAUGUUGGACUGUCUGCACAGCUUCUGCCUGAAGUGUCUGGAAGAGAUGAUGAACAAGCAGAAGUCAGAGACAGAGAGGAUAACAUGUCCAGUCUGCAGGAGAGAGACGCACGUUCCUGGUGAAGGAUUGCACAGUCUUUCUUCCAGCUUCUUUUUGAUUUCUCUUGUCGAUGAAAUAAACAAGCAAGAGAAGUUAUUAGGGACGUCAUUAACUACUAGUGCUACUUGUGAAUCGUGUGAUGAAGGACAUGAGGCUGUAUCAAGAUGUUUUGACUGCAAGGUGAACAUCUGUAAGAAAUGCCAAGAGGCACACCAGUUUCUGAAAUAUACCAAAGACCAUCGCAUCAUUCCUGCAGAGGAAUUGGACAAAUCGAGGGUUUUACCUGCAGAUCUUAACAAGUCUGUCGCACCAAAAUGUAGAAAGCACAUUGAACAUUCAUUAUGCUUUUACUGUGAGAGCUGUGAUAUUUUGAUUUGCUCAAUGUGUGCUGCAACAGAACACCGGACAGCCGAUCACAAGUACACUGCAAUCUAUGACGCCAUCGGAUCAUUCCGGGAGAGUGUCGACGACAUUUUUCAAAAGUUCGAUAAAAGCAAAGAGCAAUUUGCAUCAAACGAAGACUCGAUCACACAUGCACGAAAAAGAUUACAAAAGAAUCUUGCUCAGGCUCGUCUAGAUAUUUCUACAAAGGCGGAAGCAGAGAUCGCUAAAAUCAGAAACAAAGCAAAGCGUCUCACCGAAAAGGUCGACGAAAUCGGUCAGGAGAGAGACAGUGAGUACGAUAAGGCGCUCAUGCACAACCGUGACCAGAUGGAACGCGCAGAUCAGAUCGUCACGGCAGUAAGUGACUUGAUGAGACAAGCCGAUAAUUUCGAGCUUUUGGAGCUCAGGCCGAAGGUGAUGCACAACUUAGAAUUCCAGGAGGAGCUCAAGUGCGAACCGGCAAAGGUGUAUAUGGCAUUUAUCGGGUUCAAAUGUCAAGAUGUCGUCAGUGACACAGAUCUGGGGGAAAUAUUGCUCAAAGAGAAAUGGCAGUUGAAGGAAGAGUUCGGCAAAGAAGGCACCUGUGACGGGGAAUUCCAGUUCGCCGCGGAUGUUGCAUGUUUCAGCAAUGGGGAUAUUGUUGUAACAGACACAACGCAGAACCGACUUUCGAUGUUUACCUCCACUGGGUUGUAUAAAACAUCGGUUGCUAAUGGAGGAGCUGAUUGUCAUGAGUUGGAAGCUCCUUUUCGCAUUGCAGUGACCCAAAAUGAUCUGCUUUUCGUCACGGACAAACAGAAAGUGAAAGUUUUUGACAGAGAGCUACAGUUUGUUCGUGAGUUUACACCUUCGGCUGACAAUGCAGAGGGGCUACCAGAGAGUAACCUCGGUGGUAUUGCUGUGGACAAGCAACGGGUAGCAGUGGCUGACUGUGGGAGAAAGGUCAUCAGUGUACACAACUUGGACGGCUCGUUGAUUGCAAACACAUACAACAACAUGGCUGAUCAUUUCAUAGCACUUAGCAACAAAGAGCGACUGAUCUUGACAAACUACGAAAAGAAUAGGUUGUUGUGCGUUGACUUUAAGGGCAAUGAAGUGUUCAAUGUAAUGACAUUACUGAAUGGACAACCAGCAAAACCGUCUGGUAUCUUGUGCGAUGAUGAUGGGAGCAUCUAUGUCGCCCCUCACUCUUUUCGUGAAUCUUUCAAGACUGAAGUGCAACAUUACGACUCGAAUGGCGCAUUUAUAGCAAUAGUUGCUCAAGGGUUGUACAAUCCUAUAGGAAUGGCAUUCACCCCCGCUGGUGACGUCGUUGUCGCAGACAAACACUCCGUCAAAAUCUUUAAGCGGAUGUAAUCUGCUUCACAGACAUCAAUGCCCCUCUGGUAGCCAAAUGCAUUUCCUGAAAUCCAUAAACCGUCACAACAUGUCUGAUACAAUUGUGCAAAACAAAUUACUUCGCAGGAGUGAUACAAAAAAAAAAAAAAAAAAAAAAAAAAAAAA